GCGACUUGAAAAACUGCCUUUUCGCUCGAUUCAUCGAAUUCCCCGUUUCUCGUCCCGUCCUUCUCUGCUUCCAAUUUUCCUUGCGUGCUCAUCUGCCGUCCUUCUCUUCAUCCGUCUUUCGAUUUUUACCAGGAAGACUCUAUUACCGUCACCAUGGCCGACGACGCCCAGCAUGAGCACACCUUCGAGAGCGCCGAUGCCGGUGCCUCUACGACCUUCCCCAUGCAGUGUUCUGCCCUGAGGAAGAACGGUCACGUUGUCAUCAAGGGUCGCCCAUGCAAGAUCGUUGAGAUGUCCACCUCCAAGACCGGAAAGCACGGUCACGCCAAGGUCCACAUCGUUGCCAUUGAUAUCUUCACUGGCAAGAAGCUCGAAGAUCUGUCUCCCUCCACCCACAACAUGGACGUCCCCGUUGUCCACCGCAAGGAGUACCAGCUCAUCGAUGUCACUGACGAUGACUUCCUGUCCCUCAUGGACGACACCGGUGCCACCAAGGACGACGUCAAGCUUCCCGAGGGUGAAGUCGGUGAGAAGAUCAACCGUCUCUUCCGUGAGGAGGAGAAGGACACUAACGUCGUUGUCCUGACCUCCAUGGGUGAGGAAAUCGCCGUCGAUGCCAAGGAGGCUCCCCGUGGUGCCUAAACGUAAUGCGACUGAGCUACUUUCUCAUUGUGCUUAUGUCAAAAUCCACCCCAGAGAUCAUGAAACGUUCCGUGGAAUUUUUGAUCUUGGGAUACUCGGCUGGCUUGUCCCUGUCUUAUAUCGGUCAAUGUGCCACGAGAUGUGGGCUGGAUCUACAGACGGAUUGCUCUCGAUUGGCAGUAUAAUUACGCCUUGUCCGAAGAACAGUUUGGAGUUCAGCACCUCACGAUAGUUUUGACGAACGAAUAAAAAAAUUUCAGCGUAUACAGACGAUUCGUGUCAAAUUUCAUACCUAAUAACUACUUGAUCUUUGGAGCGUAGGCCUUAUUUUAUUUCUUUAUAAAGUUUAUAUAUA